AUGGAGCGUAAUGGAAAUGAUAUUAAAGUACUUUCUAGAAGGAAACGAUACGUUGCAUUUCCCGAGGGUUCCAGUUUCUCUUGUGCUGGCUGCAUGACCGUCGGUGUAAUAGGACAGCCAGCGCCCGCUACUGCUCCUGGAACCUUCACGUUCGGUCUAAAUUGGGGUAUAGCGUAUGAAUUGCCUAAUAACACCGAAACCGCUUUGUUUUACCGACGCAAGAAGCACGGCAAGCCAUUAGCUCAAAGAAGAAGUAGACGAGAACUGUAUGAGAAGUUGGAGAUAAUUAUGGACAAUAUGGGAUACAGCGGAAGGCAGUGUGUAUUGAAAACUCUGUGCGAAACUGCACAGCGAAUUGUUCCCCACGGUGGGAAUAUGAUAGAAGAAAUUUUCAGGACUAUGUUCACGUUACCUAUGGCAAAGGUUCUACCUUCAGAGCCAUUGGAACAUACUUUAUAUGACUCAGCACAUCGCCUCGGUUUAUUAUUAGACUCAUGUGAAAAUUUCAAAUGUCCACUAUCAUUGGUAGAUUUAGCUAAGGGGUAUUACAAUGCGCCUGCACCGAACGUGGACACGUUCAGAAGCCCUUGGGCGUUGUUCAGCAGUAGCUUCGGAUAA